AUGAUAGAAAGCACCAAGUCAAAAGUCACUUUCCUGCCGACAAACUCCAUCUCAACACGUAGUCAACAGAAUGUUUCGUUAUCAAGAUCACUGUCUCAGUCAGAAAUACAGCUUUACAGAGACCUGACCGAUGUUUCUGACGGACAGACCAUAGACAUCACAAACACUACAUCAUCUCAGGCCACUGCAGUCAUUACAGAUUUAAUCACUGCUGACCUGAAUGUUACUUUCUUUCUCUUUGUGACUGGAAGAGAUUCGGUCACAGUGACUGAAGUGCUUCUAGUUGAAGCUUCAGGAUCUGAUUUUGUUAAUGGAACUGUCAAAGCUGUCGGUGCGACAGACUUCCUGGUCAACAUUGACAGAAUCCCAGAGUGGGCGUUUGUGGUGCAGCUGAAAGGGCUGUUGAAUGACUCGUCAUCAGUUAGUCGAUUCCAGAGACAGUCACCCACCCAGCAUAAAGGAUCUAGAAUAACAGUCAUGGCCCAAUCACAGAACAUUACACAGCCUGGAGUCCCAUUGAGUCUCAACUUUACAGUGGCCACUAAUACUACAGGUGGCACCUACACUAUCAGAGCUCUGAAUGACCAGGGCUUCAGCGUGUCUUUCCCUAGCUCUCUGAUCCUUGAAACAGGGGGAAGCGCUCAAGGAAGUGUGACACUGACUGCACCCUCCGACACAGAGUCAGGGACGGAUGUCAAACUCACUAUUGAGGCAGAAGAUCUGGGAUCCACAUCCACGGGAAAAUAG